AUGGCUCAUCACCAUGAACAUGAAUAUAAUUCGUUAAAAAGAAAUCGUUCUUCCUCAUACCCGGUCAGAAAUGAAAUUGAUUUUGGCCCAAAUAAAUCUAAUAAACAUUCAAGGACCGCCACACCUAAUAAUCGUAUCGUAGCAGAACAUUACAACUCAAAAGUUGAUGUUGGAGUUGAAAGGCGUCGAGAAUCUACAAUUAUUUAUCUUAGAAGUUUUAAUAAUUGGAUAAAAAGCGUUUUAAUUGGGAAAUAUGUUAAGAGGGGUGAAAGCGCUCUUGAUUUGGGUUGUGGUAAAGGUGGCGAUCUAUUUAAAUGGAAUAAAGCAAAAAUCAAUAAAUUAGUAGGCUUAGAUGUUGCCGAAGUAUCUAUAGAAGAUGCAAGAAAGAGGUGGGAAGAAAUGAAAGGCAAAAAAUUUGAAGCAGAAUUUCAUGUUAUGGACUGUUUUUCUACACCAAUAUCGACCAAAAUCCAAAGCGAUAUAUUAUUCGAUAUUGUUAGCAUGCAAUUUUGUCUUCAUUAUUCUUUUGAGACUGAAGAGAAAGCACAUAUGGCUUUAAAAAAUGUUACAUCAAACCUAAAACGCGGAGGCGUAUUUAUUGGAACUGUCCCGGAUGCUUAUUGGAUUGUUAAAAAACUGAAAUCGUUGCCUAAAGACCAAUUGAAAUUUGAAAAUCCAAUAUACUCUAUAAGGUUUGAACAAAGAGACGAAUUUCCAAAAUUUGGUCAUAGAUACUGGUUUUAUCUUAAAGAUGCAAUAAAUGAUUGUCCAGAAUAUCUUGUACACUUUCCCACCUUUGAAAAACUAGCCAAUGAAUAUGGACUUCAAUUAGAGUACAAGAGGAGAUUCCAUGAUUUAUAUGAUGAAGCAAAAGAAGAUUCGCAUUAUAAGGAUCUUUUAUAUACUAUGCGUGUCGUUGAUAGAUUAGAUGAAGAAGAAAUGUCGGAUGAAGAAUGGGAGGCUACGGGUAAUUAG